CUUGUAUAUUCGACAGCAUUGCUGUCGAAUAUACUCGACUUUAACCCCCCAUCCGCCCUUCUUUCCCCCAUUUCUUCUUCUUCCUCUGCGGCAAAUUUGGUUCAUUUUCUCCGACUCUAUUCUUGCCGUUGCUGCUGGAUUCUGGCUUCUUGCCAUCGAGCCCCCUACUAUGUGACCUCUAAGCCGGAUUUGGUGUUUUUCAUAAUUGAGUGAAACGUAGUAUAUUUUGGGAAUUGCCAUACUGGAAGGAUUUAUUGAUUCGUCAUAACCUUCAUGUCAUGCAUUGUAAGAAGAAUUUUUUAGAUAACAUUAAAAAUAUUGUCAUGGAUGACAAGAGUUGUACGAAGGAUAACACCAAUGCUAGAUUAGAUUUACAACUGUAUUGCAAUAGAUCUGAAUUAGAAUUGAUACCUCAAGAUGAUGGAACACCUAUAAAACCCAAUGCUUCAUAUGUUCUUACUCGAGAGCAAGGAGCUCUUAUCUGUCAGUGGUUGAAGGAAUUGAGAUUCCCAGAUGGGUAUGCAUCCAACAUAGCACGAUGUGUUAACAUGCAGGAACUUCGAUUGUUUGGGAUGAAAAGUCCUGAUUGUCAUGUAUUCAUGCAGCGUCUCUUGCCAAUUGCUUUCCGCGAUUUCCUCAUAGAUGAAGUUUGGGGUCCCUUAACUGAGAUGAGCUUUUUGAUUAUCAAGUAUGUUCCGGUCUAUCAAAGGAUCAAAUUCAAAUCAAAUGGCAACUUGAAUUUAUUCCUUGGUUUAAGACAAUGUUUGACUCAGCUUCCCACACAGCUGCAACAAGAGCAACCCACUGUUACUCAGCCACCAUUGGCCGAUGACCAGUUCACUGGUGAUGAUGCAACAAUGGAGGAGGACACUGAAGAGUGUAAUUUGGAGGUUGAGUUGGAUGCUGUGUAUGUUGUGCUUGAUCCUGAGUUAGAUGCUCAGUUGGAGGAGGAGCUAUCACGUGCUGUCCCGAAGAUAGGACGUGGCAUGGAUAAAGGAGAUGACACUCUUGCAGACCCGAGUCAAAGGAAGGUGCUUAGCCUUAAUCACCGAGGCACAUUCAGCCAUGAGAGUUGGCCUAAGGAAAAGAAGAGGGUUGCUUGGGAGAAUUUUCAGAGGACAUAUUAUUGGGAAGAGGAUGAUGCUCGUGUGUAUAAAGUCUGGAGAUUACAUUGUCGAAACCGUUUUCGAGACGAGUUUCAUCGAGCUCGAAAGGUGUGGGUCAGGGAUAAGAAGUUGCCCGAGUUCAUGCAUAAGGAUACCUUUAAAAUUUUGUUGGCAAAAUGGAGGAGUCCAAAAUAUAUUGCACUCCAGGAAAGAGGUCGGCAAAACCGAUCAAAGAAUAAUCGUGUGACUCACACAACUGGAUGCCUUUCUAUUGGGAUUCAUGAGGAUCGACUGGCAACUAAAAGAGGAGUUAGGCUGACACCUUUGGAGUCGUACUUGUUGACUCACACGACUCGCCGACCUGAUGCUCCAAAAGAUGCCCCACCCGCUUGGAUAUGUCCACAGGCUGAGCAGACAUAUAACGAUGCUCACCAAAAAUAUGUGGAGAAGCAUGGGCCAAACAAGGAUUCAUGGGCAGAAUGGGAUCCACUUAUCUGGAAGGAGGUGGUUGGACCUCCUAAAAAGGGUAAGAUGAGAGGGAUGUCUACAUUACAGGAUCCAGUAGAGCAUGGCAUCCCUUGGCGACAGUAUGACAUGAGUGACGCCUCCUCUUUUACCACCAGGAUUUUUACGACACAAGUUCAGCAGUUACAGUCUGAGCUUACUCAAGUUCGGGAAGAAAUGGCUGAGCGAGUUCAGACAGAGAUGACCGCACGUAUUCAUACAGAGGUAUCCUAGAGAGUAUCAGAGAUGGAGGCCGGCUUUGAGAGGAGAUUUCAAGAGCACAUGCGCUUACUUAGCCAGCAAUAUUCUAUGAAUGCUACACAACCCCAGACUGGUUAUCCUUC